GUUGACCCCACCAACAUCGUUCCUUCCACCUUCCUGGCCUCCGACUUCAAUCUGGCGGACCCACAAACAUUCCAUCGCGUAAUUCCGCUUUAUCCUCGGGGUUGGGCGGGCCAGCACCGCCAACACUCCAGCAGUGACAGUCGCUUACCUUCUGACAACUCGACUGCCUCUUCCAUCUCCCAAUCAACCGCUUUCUCGAACCAGAAUGAACGGCUUUCUCAGUAUUUAGACGCUGUGGAACUGCGUAUAAUUAGGCAUGUGUCGAAACAAUCUUCGUCCUUCUUCGAGGCUGUUCGAGGACACGACGUGGUUCGCGAAAAGCUUAGCCAAACUCUCGCAGAUGUACGCGCCGUUAGGGAGAAGUUGGGUCAGCUUGACGGCAUCUACUGCGAAACCGCCGCGCAGAUGGUGAGACUCGAACGGCGCCGUGAAAACUACAAGAAGCUGCUCAAGCAGGUACCUUUUUUCAUGCCUUUUUGCUCUUUGAUGUACCUCCCUCUAAAGGCACGAUCUUAG